GGCAAUGUCGGCGCUGGAGUGGUUCGCGCACAAGCCCCUGGGCGACGGGAUCUUCUGGAUCCAAGAGCGCUUCUACGAGUCGGGCAACCGGGCGAACAUCUGGCUGGUGCGGGGCUCGCAGCGGGACGUGGUGAUCGACGCGGGGCUGGGGUUGCGCAGCCUGCCCGACUAUCUGCGCGCCGCCGGGCUUCUGGCGCCGUCGGAGGGGAGCGAGCCGCGGCCGCUGCUGGCUGUGGCCACCCACGUUCACUUCGACCACUCGGGAGGGUUGCAGCACUUCGACGAGGUAGCGGUGCACAGCGCCGAGGCGGCGGCCCUGCAGAGUGGCGACAACUACGAGACCGUCACCUGGCUGUCGGACCGGGAGGUGGCGCGGCCGCCGCGGCCUGGCUGGCGGGCACGGCAGUUCCGCGUCCCGCCCGUCAGGCCCAGCCGCCUGCUGCAGGAGGGAGAUGUGAUCAGCCUUGGAGACCGACAGCUCACUGUCAUGCACAUGCCAGGUCACUCAAGAGGCAGCAUUUGCCUACAUGACAAAGACCGGAAGAUUCUGUUCAGCGGGGAUGUGGUGUACGACGGAUCCAUGAUUGACUGGCUUCCCUACAGCAGAAUAAGUGACUACGUUGCAAGCUGCCAGCGCCUCAUGGAGCUGGUGGACAGAGGUCUGGUGGAGAAGGUAUUGCCUGGGCACUUUAACAUGUUUGGGGCAGAAAGGCUGUAUCGGUUAGCAUCCAACUACAUUUCACAAGCUGGAAUCUGCCACAAGGUUUCUACUUGUGCCAUGAGAUCCAUUGCCAGCAUGGUACUUCGUGUUACAAAUUCUAGAGUCACUUCUUAGUGCAUUUGGUGUGGUCUGUUCCCUGCUCAAAACCCAAAGGCUUCUGAAAGUGAUGAUACAAGCAAAGGCAGUAUGCAUUAGUAAACACCUGGCAAAUUGGUACAAAAAUCCUCCCUAUUUUUGCCUACUUUAUUCCUAUUUUUAUAAAAAGUGCAUAAGCUAUACCUUUAGCCAAAGCUACCAUUCCCCCCCCCCCUAUUUUUCCAGGGCAUUUUUGCACAUAUGUUGUGAUUGAAAUAUAUUGGUUUAUUUUUGUUAUGAUUCUGAUGCAUAUGAAUGUGCCAAAAGGAGAGGUUUUGCAUUCACACCUGAAACCUUGUUGAUGUAGCACUAGGCUUGUGACCAUUCACUCAACUUGUGCUCAGGUUUUAGCCUAACAUAGCUCAUUCUGAGAUGUGGUGUGUGUUGGGAGCAGCACUGUUGGGUCAAAGCAAGAGCAACACCCAGGUGGGACUCGGGGCAGCAAGAGACAAGGGCUGUAGCUGUUGUCACCUGCUGCUUGGUGUCUGCUGUACCCAUUGUUGUCUGUGUCUUUGCAAAUGAGCUGUCUGGUAGUUUCCUUACAAUCCACUAAUGUAUGAAAAUGCUAUAGACCAGACUUCCAAACUGGAAGGUGUAGAUAAAUCAGCUUACCAAAAAGCUUUUGAUGCAGAUCCAACAGCAGAUGGACUGAGGCUUUCACUUGCUCCAUGACAGAGGAGCAAGAAUGAACUCUCGCCAUCAGCUAGGGAACUGUUUUGCUUGUGGCCACGUGAGUUAGGAAUUAGACAAUUUGUGAACUAAUUAAUGUGUUAGAUUAGCCUGUACAGAGUGGAUUGAGCCCUUGCCUGAUGUGUUUUUUUUCCUGAUGACCUCAUAAAAAAAUAUUUGCAGAGUGCAUUGUUCUGUAAAUCUGAAUUUGGCUGUGACAAGCUUAAAGAUUUUCCAUUUAAGAGUAUUUUCAUGUGACUGGAUUGUGACUUGUUUUUAAAGCUCUGUGGUGGGGAAAGGAUGGAAGCUUUAAUAUUUCUUCCUCUGCUGCAGGUGCUGGGUUAACAGCUGGUACACUUGUUUCCGCAAUGUGAAUGUAACUUGAGCUGUUUACUGUGUGCUUAUGAAGUGUUUGCUGCAUAUGUUUUUUAUGAGAAGUGCAUUGCAUCCGAGUCUGCUAAAAAAAAAAAAGCUGAAUGAGAAAUGCUAAAUUACAUUGUAACUUGCUUAUGAAAAUGGAAUGUGUGGUAUCUAAAAGCUGUUUAAAUGGUCAAAGUUUGUGUAAUUAUUCUAACAAACUCUAUAUAACAUUUUUAAAUGGCCACUGAUGUUAUUUUUGUAUAUAGAUGUAAGUACUUUCCUAAAAAGAGUGUGCUUUUCCCACAUUUUAGUGGAGUUUAACCUUAUUUGUUUGGAUUUGACUUUAUGGGA